CCACGCAACUGUCCACCACACGCGCCUAGGAUCCGAGUCAAGUCACCUUAGUUAGUGUUUCACCUUCCUCCAGCUGCUCCGUCACCGGCGAGCUCCAUAUACGCUGGCAAGACAAGAGGAGGAGAGCAAAGCCCUGGUGACUCGGUCAUCCCUAUCGAUUCUCGAUCGGCUAGCACCUUGGUUUGCUCCGCUCCGGCCAGAUUUCGGCUGAGCAUCCGUACGUACGAGCCAGGAUCUGUACGAGACUCAUGGAGGAUGACCUUCCUCUCAAAAGAAAGAGACUGGAGGAGGACCAACGUAUGCUGCAGCGUAUACUUGACGGAGCCGACGACCCAACGGAUCUACCAUUACAACUCUUAAAGGACAUCACGAAUGAUUUCUCUGAAGGCAGAAAAAUCGGCCAGGGUGGAUCUGGAGCGGUUUACGAGGGUGUACUAGGAGAACUGAUUAUUGCCGUGAAGAGGAUCUAUGUAAACUUAGAUAAGCUUGAUGAUGAUGACAAGCAAUUUGGUCGUGAGUUUAGUAGCUUGUGCAACAUGAAUCAUCAAAAUGUAGUCCGGUAUCUUGGCUUCUGUUCUAACAUACAUCAGAAACAGAUAAGAAACUCUGUGUCAGGAGAAAUCACCUUGGCUAACGUGAGAGAAAGAUUGUUUUGUUUCGAGUACAUCAGCAAUGGAAGCCUGGAUAAGCAUAUUACCGAUGAAUUAAGAGGCUUUGAAUGGGAAACACGUUAUGAAUUAAUCAUCGGGAUUUGCAAGGGCCUGCGUUAUCUUCAUGAGGAAAAAAGGAUGAUUCACAUGGACCUUAAACCGGAAAAUAUAUUACUUGAUAAUCAAAAUUACAAAUAUAUAGUUCCAAAAAUCACGGAUUUUGGUCUAUCAAGACCAAAUAAAAACUCGCACACUGUAGGUCAACUUUACGGAACACGUGGAUACAUGGCUCCAGAAUACAGGGAAGGUAGCAAAACUACACCUGCGUGUGAUAUAUAUAGUUUGGGUGCCAUAAUCAGGGAAUUGGUAACAGGGUGUAUGGAAGUCCCUUGCAAAGAUAAUGUACUUCGAAGGUGGAGGCAUAGGUGGGGGAAGCCACCGACAUUAUUGCAAUACCAGCAAGUGACUAGAUGCAUUGAAAUAGCAGGAUUUUGCAGGGCAGAAAAACCAGAAGCUAGACCUUCUAUAUUGAAGAUAAUCAGCUUUCUGGGUGAAUCUGAAAGCACAUAUGGCCAGGUAAUCCCUUGUUUAGAUGAAGAUGACAUGCUUCGGAUUAAUCCGCUCGAACUACGGCUGCCUUCUGAGCUGAAGAACGAGAUAUCGCACUCAAUUGAGCUAACCAACGAUACAGUUAAUUGCAUUGCCUUCAACAUCCAACCGCCAAGCGUAAAGUACAUAUCGCAACCAGUAAAAGGCACUGUGCAAUCAAAAUCCAAGUGUUAUGUGAAGAUAACAGUGCAGCCACGAGAUGCUCGUGAACAUGACGAUACUGACAAGUUCAUCGUGCAAAGCAUGAAAUGGAGCGAGGGUCUUAUAGAAGAGGAUAUCACAGAAUGCAUAUCCCGUGCAAAGGCCGAGAAAGUUGUCGAUGAGGUGGAUUUGAUGGUUGUAAAUGAGCCCACGAGGCCCCAAGAGAAUUGCAGAGCAUGCUUGGAUACGUUUUAGUCCCAUGACUAAAAGUAGUGGGACUAAAACUUGCUAGUCUCAUCCAUGCUUGGAUCCAAAUACUAAAGAGACUAAAAUCUAGUUAUUGAGCAUUUAUUAUCCUCCAAACCCUCCAAUCCAGAACUAAGGAGAGGAAUUAAAUGAGGAGAGAGAGAGCUAAUACAUAUUUUAGUAGGUUUCCCAUGACUAAAAGAUUUUAGCCUCAAGACUAGUCCUAGCCUCUUUUUAGUCAGGGGUGCUUGGAACUUUAGCCUCUAAAAGAGACUAUUUUUAGUCAGACUAAAAAUAGUCCCUUGUAUCCAAGCACCCUCGCAAGCGUAGAGGAGACACCAACACAUCAGCUGAGGAAGUUCCCGAGUUGAAGAAGAGAAAGAUUGGCGAGUCUUCUUCUGCAAUGGAAAACUUGGUAGCAGCCGAAAAGCAGAGGCAGCUUGCAUGUACAAAUUCUACCCACCACAAAGCUUUUCACGUACUUCUCCUACCAACACGAUGUACCUAGGGGAGGAGGGGCACCGAGCUGUGGAUCACACAAGGGGGGCUAUGGGCAGCCUGCUUGACAAGCUAGGCAAGCUCGUCACGGAGGACUACAGUCUAGAUACGACCAUCAAGAGUGAUAUCGAGUCUUUCUCACAAGAUCUGAGAAAGAUGCACCGAGACCUCCCAAAGCUGAAAAAUGAUUAUGAGGCCAAGAACUGGGUUGACGAAGUUAGAGAGCUUGCUUAUAACAUAGAGGAUAUGGUCGAUAACUUCCUGGUGCACAUCGUGCCUAACUCCAGUAGGAGAGGCUUCAAGGAGAUCAUGCAUGACAGUGUAAAGCUAGUGCAGAAUGGCAUGACGACUCACCGUCAGAUUAGUGACGUGAUUAGAGAAAUCAAGGCCAAUGUUAAGACUCUGGACAAAAGGAAAGAGAAGUACAACAUUAAUGUCAAAGGUGAUGUGGAUAAAGCAGCUACCAAAGCCGCCAUUGACGACCUUCGGAAUUCUGCUAUACAUGAAGAAGAUAAAGAACGACUCGUUGGCAUCAAAGCGCCAAGAGAGGAGAUAAUAAGGCUACUUAAGAAGCAUGACAAUGUACCAAAUGAAAAGCUCAGGGUAGUCUCUAUCGUUGGAAUGGGAGGAUUGGGCAAGACCACGCUUGCCAAGGCAGUGUAUGACAAAUACAAGCGUAAAAGAUACAAUCCUAAAGUGUUUGUUCCAAUGGGCCGGAAUCCCAAUGUAGAGACUGUUUUGAAGAACAUUAUCUUUGAAAUUAAAGAGGAUUUCAAUGCAAAAGGGUUGAAUGUGGGACAGCUCACAAAAAAAGUCAAAGAAUUGCUUCGGAAUGAGAGGUACAUAAGCAAACUACACUAUACUAGUCGAAUGCCCGUGCGUUGCCACGGGAGAUAUCAAAAAAUAAUGAUGUAACCAAUCAAAUCAUUGCACUAUUCAAUGUUUGAUGUGCUUACUUUGGGUAUAAGAUAAUCUGAUCGGUUUGGUUAUAGCAAAUACAUUAUUUAUUUAGGCGUAUCAUAGAAGUUCUAUGAUCGCUAAGUUUUAUGAAUAAGUUUUUUAUGAUGA